UCAGAAGCAGAAUAAAGAUGCUGUUCCUUCUGUUGAUCGCGGCCACUGUCCUGCCUUCUUCUGGCAUCAAUGUCAAUGGGUCAAUCAACAAUGAAGGAGUUUGUUACUGCUCCGUGGUUUUGUCUGAUCCGCCAUUCCCAGUGGAAAAGAUGGAAUAUUUGGAAACCAUAUCGGAGAGGCUCAGGAUCAGCGUGGAACAGGAAAUCAACAAGGUGCGGCAAUACUCGAGGGCUGUUUCUGUGCACUCCUCCAAGCUGGUGAACCUGACCCUCCGCCUGGAGAAGAUGGAGACUGGACAUGGCUACACUCAGCUCGACUUUGAGCUGUUGAAGUUGGAGAUCCAAGAGCUGGAGGCACUCACCAAUCAGCUGAAGCAGUCCCUCAAUGGCAGCAACAGCAUCAUCGAUCGGCUCUUCGUGGAGAUUGCAAAUAUUUCACGCACUAUCAAUGAGCUGGAAUCGUUUGACAAACAAAACAUACUGGCAUUCCGCAAAGAAGUUGCACUGCUGAGGAAACAGCUGGCAGACUGUGAGAAGAACCAAGCCCCACCAACUCUUCCUCCCAUUGAAAAAGGAAGCUGCAAUCAUAAUGGCCUUCUCCAAAUAGGUGUACCUACUAUAGUACGAGUCAACUAUAAUGGAGUUAAUUAUAAAUAUGGAGGGUGGGGUAAAGAUUCAGUUCUACUCCCUCAUAAAAAGGAGCUAUAUUGGGUGGCACCACUCCACACAGAUAGACGAACGCUGUAUUCCUUCAGAGUCUAUAAUUCACUUAAUGAUAUGCUACUUUCCACAAAUGCAAUAACCAAAUCAUUACCGAGUUCACACAGAGCACAGGGAAGUGGAAUGGUUUUGUACAAUAAUUCCUUGUAUUACAACUGCUACAAUUCCAGGGACAUGUGCAGGUAUCACAUAGACACAGGCAGAGUACAGAGGCAGACUCUUAGAAGUGCAGUUUUCAAUAACAGGUAUUCUUAUGCGGGCACUGUCUUCCAAGACAUAGACUUUGCUGUGGAUGAAUCUGGCCUUUGGGUCAUUUACUGCCCUGAAGCAAAUGCUGGGAAUGCUGUUAUUGGUAAGAUUAAUGAGGCCACCUUCACUGUGGAAAAGACAUGGGUCACCAAGCUGUACAAACCUGGUGUGACCAAUUCUUUUAUAAUAUGUGGGGUUCUGUAUGCCAUUCGACCUGUGCAACCAAAGGUUGAGGAAGUCUUCUACACAUUUGACACCAGAAAUGGGGUAGAAAAUCAGAUUUCUGUAAUGAUGCGUAAGGUCCCAGAUAAACUGGAAAGUAUUAACUACAAUCCAGCUGAUCACAAACUCUAUGUAUACAGUGAUGGCUACCUGGUAACUUACGAUGUGAUCUUUGAACAUAAAUCACCAAUGACCAGCCCCGCUGCCAAUUGAGUAAUCAGCAAUCAGCAAACCAAACCAAUAGGUCUGGAAAUUACAGGGGGAUAUCUGGGUCCAUUAAGGAUUGUCUGUGCUUGACUCUCAGGUUAGCUUUAGAAACCACGUUAUCUACUUCUUCCCAUCACAGCUUUAGCCUCAGUGUUACAGCUGGCAGUUGUCACAACAUACAGGUUUGGUGCAAUAAUUAAACCCAGAACAGGUGAAAUUCUAAUCUACAGUCAAAUAGUAAGAGGUAGGCAAGGUCUGAAUGGAGAUGUAACUGAACUGAGCUCUCAUGGAACCAACACUUUGAAGAGCCACCAUCAAAAUGAAGAGGAUCUCCUCCAGAAUGAUGGUAACAUCCUGUCCGUGGGAAUAAUCCUGGAUAUGAUGAUUCAUUCAAUAUCCAAACAACUAUCCAGCUGAAUAACGUGCCAUUGGUGGAAAAUUGGUUUCCUGACUGAUGUAUUCAUUCAUUUUCUGUCUUUCUUGAAUCAUUAUUGAAGUCAAUCACCAGAUGUAAACAGUUUGGAGAUUUAUCUUGGAAUUCUUAUCAAUUUAAUAAUAAAUAUCAGAAUCCACAAACA